GCAGACGCGCUCUCUGGGAGACGGGGAAGGUGGUGGCUGCGCUCCAACCCACGCCGCAGCUCGAGGGGGGUUUGCAGGGGCUGCAGCCUGCAGGCAGCUCCACCGCGCUCUCCCCCUGCAGCAUCACUCGUCUGCCCGUGGCUCUCAGGAGGGGCAGAAAUCCUCACGGCAGCAGCUGUCACCUGCAAAGCCGGGUGUUCACGCAGGUGACAAAGGACCUGGGAUUUCAGAGGCAAAGGAUGGCGACAGCAAAGCCACAAAGGGCUGGAAGGAGGGGAUGCGGUCCCAGCAGAAGCAGCAGCCCCAAAUUUGGGCAAAUAGUUGUUAUUUUUUUCCUUUUUUUUCCAUAGCUCCUCCGCAGUUUGGGUGCCCACCCCUCGCCAGUAGGAUGCGGGGCGCGCUGUGCCACAGCCUGCCCGUGGUGCUGGGGCUGCUGCUGUGCCACCCCACCACCGCCAGCGGCCCAUGCUGGGAGAACAGCAAGUGCCAGGACCUGGCCACCGAGGCUGGUGUUUUGGCGUGUGCCAAGGCGUGCCGUGCUGAGCUGUCGGCCGAGGCACCCGUGUACCUGGGCAAUGGGCACCUGCAGCCCCUCUCGGAGAGCAUCCGCAAGUACGUGAUGAGCCAUUUCCGCUGGAACAAGUUCGGCCGUCGCAACAGCAGCAGCGGAGGGCACAAAAGGGAGGAGGUGGCCGGCCUCGCCCUGCCUGCCGCGUCACCCCACCACCCCGCCGGGGAGGAGGAAGAUGGAGAAGGGUUGGAACGAGAGGAAGGGAAGCGCUCCUACUCCAUGGAGCAUUUCCGCUGGGGCAAGCCGGUGGGGCGGAAGAGGAGACCCAUCAAGGUGUACCCCAACGGGGUGGACGAGGAGUCGGCUGAGAGCUACCCCAUGGAGUUCCGGAGGGAGAUGGCGCCCGAUGGGGACCCCUUCGGCCUCUCCGAGGAGGAGGAAGAAGAGGAGGAAGAGGAAGGCGAGGAGGAAAAGAAGGAUGGAGGCUCGUACCGCAUGCGGCACUUCCGCUGGCACGCGCCGCUGAAGGACAAGCGCUACGGCGGCUUCAUGAGCUUGGAGCACAGCCAGACCCCGCUGAUGACUCUGUUCAAAAACGCCAUCGUCAAAAGCGCCUACAAGAAGGGUCAGUGAGCAGCCCGGCCCACGUGGCCCCACGCAGCUUUAAGUGUCCCGCCGCCAUAUGUGUGUGUCACUGAGAUCCACAGAUCGCUCCUUAUGUCGUCAAUUACUCCUCCAAAGCCCUCCUGCCCCGACACCGAACGGCAACAGGUUGGGGCUGAAUGCACCAAUGUGAGCAGUGCUCACGCUGGGUCAUUUUCCUACUUUCACCAAGCUGUACAAUACUGUAAAUGAUGGAUUAAAAGAAUUCUAAAAAAUAUAUAUAUAUAUAUAUACAUAUAUAUAGACAGAUAGAUAGAUAAUUUUUGCAAGCUAGCCAUGCGUCUGCAAUGCCUCUGAGGCUGUGUCUUGCAAAGGAAACAGGGACAAGGUUCAGUGGGCACGGUGGUGACAGGCUGACAGUUGGACUUGAUAGUCUUACAGGUCUUUUCCUACCUUAAUGAUUAGCACAGAAUCGUAUCAUAGAAUGGCUUGGGUUGGAAGGGACCUCAGGGAUCAUCAAGCUCCAACCCUCCCCCUGCCACAGGCAGGGCUGCCAACCUCCAUACCUAAUACUAGAGCAGGCUGCCCAGGGCCCCAUCCAACCUGCCCUUGAACACCUCCAGGUGUUCUAACAGAUCUAACAGUGAAAUUUAGAAUAACUCCAAGCCCAAAUCCUGCAGCUGGGGACAAAAAGGCAUCGCUGGGGCUGUGCAUGGGAGAUGGCUGUGGGGCUACAUUUCAGCAUAGGUUACUCCCAAGGAAGGGAUUCAGGCUCCCCCAUCCCUAGGCAGUUUCCCCGGUACUUAUCUCCCAGGUAAACUCAUUAAUUGCCUAUCGAAUGGCAACACAGAAGACUCUUGGGUACAACAGAAAGUGACAUCAUUUAUAACGUCACGUUGCUAAAUCAUUUGCACAGAAGGGCAAUGAAAGCAGGGAGCAGCUGGGGAUGUGGAACCACCUGCAAGAGCAAAACCUGUGCCAGGAGUAACAAAUCCUCACCAUUUCCCCCAGCCUCACAGAGACCCAGGUGCCAUGAACGUGCCAACAGAGCAGAUCCCAUAAUGUGGCAAUAUCAACAUUUAUUGGAGGGUGUGCCUGGAAAUAUCAACAGCAUCUCGGCCCUUUCACAGCCCACUCCCCUCCUGCCCUCAGCUACGCACGGAAACAACGCAGUGCCCUGAAAUACAGAGAUGGAAACACACACAUGCACCUAACUGCCAAGUUUAUAGAAAUAUACUUUGUCAUCUAUACAUACACCGGUAUCUAAACUAAACGUGAUGUACAAACAAGUCACUUACACUGUGUGUGUGUGUGUGUGUGUGUGUGUGUAUGUGUGUGCAGGGACAUUUACAGGUGGAGUUUGGGUCCUGAAAUGCAACGCUGAGCACAGCCAGCACUUGCUUUUGGAGGGGAAUAGGGGAUGUGCUGGGGGACGUAGCAAGGGAACGGCACUGGGACCAGAGAGACCACAGCAAAACCCCCAGCCAGGGGAUAAGGUGCAGUCCUGCCCCAGGAUCCCUGAGCAGCAACAGAACCCCAGGACAUGCCCUGUGCCAUCCCUGUGGCAGCCAGGUUCCAAGGAGCAAGCCUUGUGCUCAUCUUCCCACUUUCCUUGUGAAUUUGAAGUGGUUUCGAAGUGUCUUCCCCCCAUGCACACACAGUCUAGGGGGUUAAGUGCUUUUCCUACUGCAUUUUGCUAAACUUCUACUGCUUUUCAUUAGCACAGCUAUGGAAGCAAACCCUCCUUUGUCAAGCAGCAUCCUCGUGUUCCCAAUGCCAGCUCCACAACUUCACCCAGCCAAAACUCCAGGAGGACCAGGCAUAACUAAGGGAACAAAAAGGGACAGGCUGGGAGCAGAAAGAUGGGGGGACCUCCACAAGUGGCUGUGGCAAGGGACAGCCUCAGGCUCUGGGCAAGGCUGGCAGAGGCAGAGCCACGCUGCAAUCCCAGCCCAGGGACUGAAAUAAACCCUUGUUUUUCCUGUCCUCUUAAGCUAGGUCAUUUCCUAAACCCGGAUUACAUGACAACCACACAAACAAGCGGUAACCUCGGGGCAACUGCAAACUGCACCCGCCACCAACCUUAAAAAAUAAGAGAGAGGAAAAAAAGAGGAUGUUAACGUGUAAUUACACCUUCAAAUAACUGUCUGAAGAGCUACAGUGAGAAGGGGCAGAGAAAUGAGUGGUCGCUGAAGCAACCCAGCUGGGCACAGGCAGCACCGCUGUAACCACUGGGUUUACCUGCUGUCCCCCUGCUGUGCACGGCAGCAUCUCCCACACCUCCAGUUUUGAGUUUUAGAUCCUCCUGUGUCUCUUCCUGCAGUGAAGUCAGAAGCAGUGUGUCCAGCUGGAAGGAAAGGAGCUGCCCCGGAGGUGACAUGGGAUUUCACAGCAGUCCUGGUGCAGGAGGCUCCAUGCUUGGCUCAGCAAAAAGCUGCCUGACUGCAGCAGAAGCCUUUU